AUGGAAAUCCAUAUCCAUGUGUUGGGUAAUACGGAGUACAAGGAGUUAUUGGGGACGAGUCGUUCUGUUGAUGUUGAUUAUUCAGAUGAUGAUGUUGUCUUGGCGGAACUAUCACCGACGUCGGAUGACCUUGAUUCGCCGGAGUUCUCGGCGCGCCCAACUCAAAAUAGUGGUGAUGAUUGUGGUGAUGGUGAAGAAUGA